AUGACGAGCAUUACCUGUGUCCUCGCCUUUCUUCUCACCAUCCUAGACUCGGAAAAUCCGAGAAGUCGCUUAGUUUUAGUGGGGAACGAAAUUACUCACAACUACCGUACCUACAACAUACCACAGAAUCAAUAUUUUCCUAAACCCAAGGAUAAAAGUAUUUUAAUGGCGCCGCACAAGAUUUCGGAAAAAGAUACCUUGCUCACAUCUUACUGUUCACGCAAUUUCAAUAUGAUUAGCAUCAUGAAUGAUAUUGCAUCUGGUCUGACGGAGAUGACGCAUCCCUCGAGCCUGGAAUUAAUCAAAAAGGCUGAUAUUUAUACAGACUGUCUCGAAAAAAUAAGAUCGUGGUGGGAUGACUCAAUAGCCUCUGAGCUAGAUCCAAUCCCUUUUAUUAGCAUGAAAUCUAUUUAUUACUUGACAAAGUGUACGGCAAGCCAAAUUAUGAGGCUGGCUUCUGAAAGAUUUGUACAAGUCCAUGGGGAGUUCCGCUGUUUUGUCCCAUAUACUUAUGAAGACAAGCCUAUCAUUAAUGCGGAAAAACACAUCAAACUAGAAGUAGAAGUAUGGAAAAGACAAGCUUUCUACGGAAUGUAUGAAAUGCGACAUCAAUAUGCACUAGCAUGGUUCCACGGUCAUCUACACGUUUUUAAGCGCGCGAGAGGAAUUGAUCAUGUUUGGUAUCUCGAGACUACCCUUGACGACGUAAAAGGAAAUGGAAUUAAGAUUUAUGAUUUUAUGUUGAAAAAUUAUAGUGCUUUCGAAAAUUUUACCCUCAUGCUGGAAAAGCGUAGAGAAAAAAUUUUUCAAAAAAGUUCUAGUGGUAAACCGAGAAUGUUCAAGGAAUUCCUUCAAAAAAUAUCCGAGAAAAAAGUAAACAAAUAUCUUCAUAACGGCCUAGACAUGACUCAUAUUUCGGGUGAGCUACACUGCCCCGUCUAG